AUGUGGCUGCCGUUGGCAUUCCUGCUUGGAACUGUACUUCUGAUCAGUGGAAAUGAAACCAAAAAACGUAAGUUCAAACCUAGAAAGCCGUUAAAAACACGAAUCCUGUAUUCAGCAUUGUGCGAAGUGAUCCAUGUCGAUGCGGAGAACAACAGCGACAUGCUCCUUCCACUUGCCAUCAUCACCGAUAUGGACAGCAAGUCGAAAAACACUCACAACUGGUACAGCACUGUCAAAUACGGAGCUCUUGCCUUCUCCCAGGUAGUUCGGUUUUCCUAUGUCUUUUUUAAAUAUUCAAACCUUCAGAACCGUACAUCGUCGUUCAUCCAUUGGCUGGGAAGUGUGAACAUCACCUCCAACUUGAAUUUUAACCAAAAGUCCAUGGAGAUGAGUGAUCUCAAAAUCUACCGGAACCGCCUUCUGUCUGUGGAUGACAAAAUCGGGGUAGUUUACUGGCUUAGGAAUGGAACUGCCAUUCCGUGGGUGAUCGCAUCGACCGGUGACGGAUCUUCAAGCACUCGUAAGUGGAAACGGAAAGGCUCGGAUGAUCAGUGGUCUGAUUACAGCAUUCAAAGGAGAAUGGAUGACGAUUCGCAGCAACGAACUCUACCUCGGAAGCAGUGGGCACGAAGUGGUGACCGCAAACGGAGAGUACAUCAACGACGACGAAAUGUUCAUAAGAGUAAGAUUAGAAUAUCAUCCGUCAGAGCGAAUGACAUUUUCAGGUAAUUUCUCCGAACGGUGCAAUGCGGGCCGAAGAUUGGACCGCGCGAUUUGUCAAGCUGAGACGAGCAGUUGGCAUCCAUUUCCCGGGCUACAUGAUCCACGAGGCGGUGCAUUGGUCAGACGUUCACAAAAAAUGGUUUUUCCUUCCGCGUUACGCAUCCAAACAGCCAUUCAAUGCUGCAAGUGCUUAUGAAACAGGUGAGCCCCGUUCCUAAACCACACACAAAUGUACUUGCAGGUGCGAAUAUGCUGCUCAGCACGUCGGAUUGCUUCUGCGACACAAAAGUUGUGUACAUUGGGAAACAAGAACCACAUCGAGGAUUUAGCGCAUUCCAAUUUAUUCCAGGUUGACAACACUACUUUUUUCACAAUGUCAUCAUCGGUUUUCAGGCACCAAAGAUGAAAUUAUUGUCGCUCUGAAAACAUCGGAAGUCCCUUCUGACCCAGCAAAACCAUUUGAGAACAAGAUUUUUGCCACUUGGAUCACCAUUUUCCGAAUUGACGGCACUGUCAUUCUCGAUGAUUUUGCGCUUGACGAAGGAAUCAAAUAUGAAGGAAUAGAGUUUGCCAACGUUUUCCAAUGCUUGUAA